AUGCGUAGCAACCCCACACAUAACAACCCCACACGUAACAACCCCACCCGUAAGAACCCCACAUGUAACAACCCCACACAUAACAACCCCACAUGUGACAACCCCACAUGUAACAACCCCACACAUAACAACCCCACAUGUGACAACCCCACAUGUGACAACCCCACAUGUAAAAACCCCACACAUAACAACCCCAUGCGUAGCAACCCCACACAUAACAACCCCACACGUAACAACCCCACCCGUAAGAACCCCACAUGUAACAACCCCACACAUAACAACCCCACACGUAACAACCCCACACAUAACAACCCCACACGUAACAACCCCACCCGUAAGAACCCCACAUGUAACAACCCCACACAUAACAACCCCACAAAUAACAACCCCACACAUAACAACCACAUGCGUAACAACCCCACACAUAACAACCCUACACAUAACAACUCCACACAUAACAACCCCAUGCGUAACAACCCCAUGCGUAGCAACCCCACACAUAACAACCCCACACGUAACAACCCCACCCGUAAGAACCCCACACGUAACAACCCCACACAUAACAACCCCACACGUAACAACCCCACACAUAACAACCCCACAUGUGACAACCCCACAUGUGUCAACCCCACACGUAACAACCCCACACAUAACAACCCCACCCGUAAGAACCCCACAUGUAACAACCCCACACAUAACAACCCCACAUGUGACAACCCCACAUGUAACAACCCCACACAUAACAACCCCACAUGUGACAACCCCACAUGUGACAACCCCACAUGUAAAAACCCCACACAUAACAACCCCAUGCGUAGCAACCCCACACAUAACAACCCCACACGUAACAACCCCACCCGUAAGAACCCCACAUGUAACAACCCCACACAUAACAACCCCACACGUAACAACCCCACACAUAACAACCCCACACGUAACAACCCCACCCGUAAGAACCCCACAUGUAACAACCCCACACAUAACAACCCCACAAAUAACAACCCCACACAUAACAACCACAUGCGUAACAACCCCACACAUAACAACCCUACACAUAACAACCCCACACAUAACAACCCCAUGCGUAACAACCCCAUGCGUAGCAACCCCACACAUAACAACCCCACACGUAACAACCCCACCCGUAAGAACCCCACAUGUAACAACCCCACACAUAACAACCCCACACGUAACAACCCCACACAUAACAACCCCACACGUAACAACCCCACCCGUAAGAACCCCACAUGUAACAACCCCACACAUAACAACCCCACAAAUAACAACCCCACACAUAACAACCACAUGCGUAACAACCCCACAAAUAACAACCCUACACAUAACAACCCCACACAUAACAACCCCAUGCGUAACAACCCCAUGCGUAACAACCCAACACAUAACAACCCCAUGCGUAACAACCCCACACAUAACAACCCCACACGUAACAACCCCACACAUAACAACCCCACACGUAACAACCCCACACGUAACAACCCCAUGCGUAACAACCCCACAUGUAACAACCCCACACGUAACAACCCCACACGUAACAACCCCACACAUAACAACCCCACCCGUAAGAACCCCACACAUAACAACCCCACAAAUAACAACCCCACACAUAACAACCACAUGCGUAACAACCCCACACAUAACAACCCUACACAUAACAACCCCACACAUAACAACCCCAUGCGUAACAACCCCAUGCGUAACAACCCCACACAUAACAACCCCAUGCGUAACAACCCCACACAUAACAACCCCACACGUAACAACCCCACACAUAACAACCCCACACGUAACAACCCCACACGUAACAACCCCAUGCGUAACAACCCCACAUGUGACAACCCCACACGUAACAACCCCACACGUAACAACCCCACACAUAACAACCCCACCCGUAAGAACCCCACACAUAACAACCCCACAUGUGACAACCCCACAUGUGACAACCCCACACAUAACAACCCCACAUGUGACAACCCCACAUGUAACAACCCCACACAUAACAACCCCACAUGUGACAACCCCACAUGUGACAACCCCACAUGUAACAACCCCACACAUAACAACCCCACACAUAACAACCCCACCCGUAAGAACCCCACACAUAACAACCCCACAUGUGACAACCCCACAUGUGACAACCCCACACAUAACAACCCCACAUGUGACAACCCCACAUGUGACAACCCCACAUGUAACAACCCCACACAUAACAACCCCACAUGUGACAACCCCACAUGUGACAACCCCACAUGUAACAACCCCACACAUAACAACCCCACAUGUGACAACCCCACAUGUGACAACCCCACACAUAACAACCCCACACGUAACAACCCCACACGUAACAACCCCACACGUAACAACCCCACACGUAACAACCCCACACAUAACAACCCUACACGUAACAACCCCACACGUAACAACACCACACGUAACAACACCACACGUAACAACACCACAUGUAACAACACCACACGUCACAACCCCACACGUAACAACCCCAUGCGUAACAACCCCACAUGUGACAACCCCACACGUGACAACCCCACACGUAACAACCCCACACAUAACAACCCCACCCGUAAGAACCCCACACAUAACAACCCCACACGUAACAACCCCACACAUAACAACCCCACACAUAGCAACCCCACACAUAACAACCCCACCCGUAAGAACCCCACACAUAACAACCCCACACAUAACAACCCCACACGUAACAACCCCACACGUAACAACCCCACACGUAACAACUCCACACAUAACAACCCUACAAGUAACAACCCCACACGUAACAACACCACACGUAACAACCCCAAACGUAACAACCCCACACAUAACAACCCCACACGUAACAACCCCACACAUAACAACCCCACACGUAACAACCCCACGCGUAACAACCCCACAUGUGACAACCCCACACGUAACAACCCCACACAUAACAACCCCACCCGUAAGAACCCCACACAUAACAACCCCACACAUAACAACCCCACACGUAACAACCCCAAACAUAACAACCCCACACAUAACAACCCCACACGUAACAACCCCACCCGUAAGAACCCCACACAUAACAACCCCACACAUAACAACCCCACACGUAACAACCCCAAACAUAACAACCCCACACAUAACAACCCCACACGUAACAACCCCACACGUAACAACCCCAUGCGUAACAACCCCACACGUAACAACACUUCAUGUAACAACCCCACACGUAACAACCCCACACGUAACAACCCCACACGUAACAACCCCACACGUAAGAACCCCACAUGUAACAACCCCACACGUAACAACCCCACACGUAACAACCCCAUGCGUAACAACCCCACAUGUGACAACCCCACACAUAACAACCCCACAUGUAACAACCCCACACAUAACAACCCAACCCGUAAGAACCCCACACAUAACAACCCCACACGUAACAACCCCACACAUAACAACCCCACAUGUGACAACCCCACACGUAACAACCCCACACGUAACAACCCCACACAUAACAACCCCACACAUAACAACCCCACACGUAACAACCCCACACGUAACAACCCCAUGCGUAACAACCCCACAUGUGACAACCCCACACGUAACAACCCCACACGUAACAACCCCACACAUAACAACCCCACCCGUAAGAACCCCACACAUAACAACCCCACACGUAACAACCCCACACAUAACAACCCCACAUGUGACAACCCCAAACGUAACAACCCCACACGUAACAACCUCACACAUAACAACCCCACCCGUAAGAACCCCACACAUAACAACCCCACACGUAACAACCCCACACAUAACAACCCCACAUGUGACAACCCCACAUGUGACAACCCCACAUGUAACAACCCCACACGUAACAACCCCACACAUAACAACCCCACACGUAACAACCCCACACGUAACAACCCCAUGCGUAACAACCCCACAUGUGACAACCCCACACGUAACAACCCCACACGUAACAACCCCACACAUAACAACCCCACCCGUAAGAACCCCACACAUAACAACCCCACACGUAACAACCCCACACAUAACAACCCCACAUGUGACAACCCCACAUGUAACAACCCCACACAUAACAACCCCACAUGUGACAACUCCACAUGUGACAACCCCACACGUAACAACCCCACACAUAACAACCCCACCCGUAAGAACCCCACACAUAACAACCCCACACAUAACAACCCCACACGUAACAACCCCACAUGUAACAACCCCACACAUAACAACCCCACACGUAACAACCCCACACGUAACAACCCCACACGUAACAACACCACACGUAACAACCCCACAUUAUGCAAGACGUAUGGGAGGUUUGUUGUCAUUUUUGUGAAUGACUAG